UCUUUUUUCCUCUCCUGUCCCUCAGACAUAAAGGCUGCUCCUGCACUGACGGACUCACUGCUGCCCAACACACUGCCCUCCAUCACCAACCUGUCCAGCUGCAUGAAGGAUGGAAAAGAGGAGGAUGGGGGUGAGUUUGUCACUCUGUGGCCACAUGUGGCAGUUUAAGAGCCUUCGUAUUGCUGUGUUCUGCUAUGAAGCACACGAAGAUGUAAUUAGCUUUUAGCGGUUGUGUGUGUUUGUGUGUGUGCAUGGAUCGAGCUGGACAAACUGGAUGCAGAGAUGAUCAAGCUCUUGGCCCAUCAGAGGAUCCAGCAGCUCUUUGCUCCCAAAGUGCCCAGCACCCACCCUCCCCCCACCACCAGCACUACCCCAAAAACCUCAGCACCCCACCCAAACAGUCAGAAAAAGGUGCAAGCCAGAGCGGUCUUUUACCCUCUGACAGGAAGAGGAGCAGCUGUCAGCAUGUGCUAUAGGACGUUACACAUAGGAUCAGGCUCUGACAUGGAUGUGUGCCUUACAAACUACGGUCACUGCAACUACGUAUCGGGGAAACAUGCCUGUAUUUUCUAUGAUGAGAACAUUAUGAGCAUUAUGAGCUUCUGAACUAUAGCGAGCAUGGCACCACAGUGGAUAAUGUCCUGUACUCGCGCGAUUUCUCUGAGAAGACCUCACCAUGUCCACCCGGUGGCCUGGUAGCCAAAGUCCAAGGAAUCAUUCGUAAGUACAUCUCCUUCAUCUGUUUGGAUUGGCUUGAAGGAACCCAGGUCUGUGUGCCCAGUUUGACUUGGACUGCUGAUGAGGUCGUCACUCAUAGAUUUUGUAUGAACCUUUUAUGAA